AUGUGUGGUAUCAUUGCGCUGAUCCAGGCGAACCCGUCAUCCGCGGCUGCCGUGGAUCUUCACGAGGCACUCUACCUCCUUCAACAUCGUGGUCAGGAUGCAGCCGGUAUUGCAACAUGCGCGUCAGGGGGUCGAAUCUACCAACUGAAGGCCAACGGCAUGGCUGCCAAGGUUUUCCAGGACGGUGCUAAGGUCGCCAAUCUUCCCGGCUCCAUGGGUAUCGGUCACCUGCGCUACCCUACCGCCGGAUCCAGUGCCAACGCCGAAGCCCAGCCCUUCUACGUGAACAGCCCUUACGGUAUCUGCUUUGCCCACAACGGCAACCUGAUCAAUGCCCCGGAUCUUAAGAGGCACCUUGAUCUCGAAGCCCACCGCCACAUCAACACCGACAGUGACAGCGAGCUGAUGCUCAACGUUUUCGCCGAUGAGCUGAGCGAAACUAAGAAGGCCCGUGUCAACCACGAGGAUCUCUUUGCUAGCUUGAGCCGCAUGUAUAAGCGUUGUGAGGGUGGAUGGGCUUGCACUGCUAUGCUUGCUGGCUUCGGCAUUCUCGGUUUCCGUGACUCCUACGGCAUCCGCCCCCUCAUUCUGGGUUCUCGUCAAUCUCUGGAUGGACCUGGCACAGACUACAUGAUGUCCUCUGAAUCAGUUGCUCUGGACCAGCUGGGUUUCACCAACCACCGCGACAUUCAGCCCGGUGAAGCCGUUAUCAUCGCCAAGGGUGGUGAACCCGUCUUCCGCCAGGUCGCCCCCAAGAAGGCAUAUGCUCCCGAUAUCUUCGAGUAUGUCUACUUUGCCCGUCCUGACUCCGUCAUGGAUGGCAUCAGUGUUUACCGCAGCCGGCAACGCAUGGGUGACCGUCUCGGUGCCCGCGUUCUUGAGGUUCUGGGUCCCGAUGUUGUCAAGGACAUUGACGUUGUCAUCCCCGUUCCUGAAACUGCGACUACCUCCGCGACCAAUGUCGCGCUCUACUUGAACAAGCCUUAUUGCCACGGCUUCGUCAAGAACCGAUAUGUCUUCCGCACGUUCAUCAUGCCGGAGCAAAAGACCCGGCAGAAGGGUGUUCGCCGCAAGCUCAAUGCCAUGAAAGCUGAGUUCAAGGACCGCAACGUCCUGUUGGUCGACGACAGUAUUGUUCGUGGCACCACGAGUCGUGAGAUCAUCAACAUGGCCCGGGAAGCCGGCGCUAAGAAGGUUUAUCUUGCCAGUUGUGCUCCGGAGAUCACACAUGCCCACAUCUACGGUAUCGAUCUUGCCUCUCCUCAAGAGCUGGUUGCGCACAACCGGACCUCAGACGCCAUUGCUAAGCACAUUGGCGCGGAGGCGGUCGUAUUCCAGACUCUGCCUGAUCUCAAGGAUGCCUGUGCUGAGGUUGCCCGCGAGAAUGGUCAGCAAGAGCCCACUAACUUUGAGGUCGGUGUGUUCUGUGGUAGUUACAUCACCCCCGUUUCAUCCGGUUACUUCGAGCAUUUGGAGUCCAUCCGCGGCGAGGGCCGCAAGGCUAAGGCUCUCGAUAAGGCCAAGGAAGCUGUCUCUCACGGCGUUGCCAACUUGACCGAUUUCCAAAUCGCCGCUCACGGUGUUACUAUGGACACCAACGGCAAGAUCAUCCCCGCCACUGAUGAUCAGUCAACUAUUGCUGCUGCUUCCAAGCACACCAACGACGCCAAAGAUCAAACGAACCCGAAGGUCGCUGAUCGCAUGGAUAUUAGCAUCCACAAUAUGGCUGACCAUCAUGAGGCAUGA